UUUAAAUUUAAUUUUAAUUAUUAUUUUUUUAUAAUUAUGAUUAUAAUUGUAAUUUUAUUUAAGUUAUACUUUUAAUUACAAUUAUAAAUCUAAUAAUUAUAAUUAUAAUUACAAUUAUAGAAAUAUUCAAAUCAGAUCAGAAAGAUUCAGAUCAGAUCAGAAACAUUCAGAUCAGAUCAGAAACAUUCAGAUCAGAUCAGAUCAGAUCAGCAACAUUCAGAUCAGUUCAGCAACGUUCAGAUCAGAUCAGAAAGAUUCAGAUCAGAUCAGAAAGAUUCAGAUCAGAUCAGAUCAGAUCAGAAAAAUUCAGAUCAGAUCAGAUCAGAUCAGAAAAAUUCAGAUCAGAUCAGAUCAGAACUUAAAAAAUUCAGAUCAGAAACAUUCAGAUCAGGUGAACGGAACAGCUUCUUAAUAAUAUUAAUAUUAUGCAUUUAUAUAUAUAUUAUAACCUAUAAAAUUAUGGGCCCCACUCUAACCAUGGGCCCCGGGCAUUUGCCCCCUUGCCCCUCCUCCAAAAGCGGGCCUGUUUUCCAACAAAAACCGGGCCCUAGGCCUCUCUAUGAAGUUUGUAACCCCAAAAUAGGGUUAUGGAGGCCUUAUUUAUAGAAAACAGAUAAAUUCAGCUCAAACUGGGAUUUCCGGAGGCAGGCACGAUGCUAGGCACGAUUGUGCCUGGCCUCCGUGCCUCCGGAGUAUCGCGUGUCUCGUAUGCAGGCACGAUCGUGUCUCCCUGCCAGGCACGAUCAUGCCUGGCCUCCAGUAGGUCCUCGCGUGUUUCUUCUUUAGGCACGGUCGUGCCUGGCUUAUUCUUCAUCAUUUCUCUUCGUUUCUUGCUCCGAGUGUUCCCGAAUGCAUCCAAGAUCGAUCCAAAGGCUCUUUCUUCAUCAAAACUUCGUUGUGAACCUCCUGGUGGCUUCCAAAACUCUCAAAUCUCUCUCGAAUGCUCUUCAACUCUUCUCGAUUGCUUCUCAAGUGCCGGUGCCGGACUCUAAUUUCCUGAUUUUGACUCCAAACAAAACAAAACUCGAACCAACGCCUGGUAAACAUAACUUGAGCUAAAAUUGAGACUUGUGACACCUAAAAGCGAUGAAAACCAUCAAAAGCCGAUCCCAACACGCAUAAAUGUGUGUUGUAAUACGAACUUAUCAAAUAUGAGAAUCUCAUCACUGAGAGGCCAGUCCUAAAAUAAUUAUAUCGGCGCUGAGGGGUCAGACGUAACAUGAGGACCUCAACACUGAGAGUCUAGUCCUAUAUAUGAACACGACGGUCAUCGUCUCAGAAGAGAAAGGGUGAUCCCGAUCGUGAGAUCACGACAUCGACGCUGAGGAGCCGAUAGUGACAUGAAGACAAGGCACAAGGAGCCUAUUUGAAGAUGAUUAUGUCGGCGCUGAGGGAUCGGGCGUAAUAUGAGGACCACGACGCUAAGAGGCUGGUCCUAAAUAUAUAAGCAACGAUCGUCAUCCAUGAGGUGGAAGGAUGAGACCGGUCUUCAAAUGGUGUGAUGAUUGUGAAUACGUGCCCUUGGGGCACGGUACGACCACCGGUCCGAGGAACUAGCCCACUACUUAGGCGUUCCCCAUAGACAAGCCAUUUACGGACAAGAUCUACUUUAGUUUAGCCACACGAAGCACCUGGCUAGGAGGCGGUCUUAAGUGGUUUGAGAUGACACGAUAAUUGUCUCCUGAGAUGACUCCAUGAGUACCUCAGGUACCAAGGUGUCACUAGCCAUUCUAAGGUCGGGUGUCAUGUGAGGCCAAGGGCAAUCCCUAGGUUUAUAUGCAUCGUCGAGGUUAUGCCCUUUGGAGACGCCCUGAUCAUCAAGUAAAGACGAUCGAUAUGCUGGUUGAGGAGCCACAUAAAAUUAUGGUCAUUAAAUAAAGAUGACAGUGGUUACCACUUGAUGGAUAAUAUCCAUACCAUAUAAGAUCUAGAAAAUGGUUCAAAACAAAGAAGAUAAUGUGUUAUAAGAUAAUGAAUGUCCUCCUAUUUUAUAAGACCAGGCUCUAUGAUAAAGAAUUCUUCACUUUUCUUGGAGUUAUUGUCCAAGGACAUUCAUCUUUCUUAUACUUCACAAUAAAUCUAAGAGAAUAUGUUUUCACAAAUUUCAAGUCAUUUCAAUUUAUAAUUGCAUAAUUAUGCAAUGCUUCUCUAAAUUGUUUCUUACUUGAAAAAGUCAUACCUAAAGAAAAUGUUAGAUUUUCCAUUUCUGUACUAGCUCUAAAAAUAGGUCAUUGCCUUUUGAACUUUCAGCAUCACUAUAUGAAUCUUCUUGAGAACAUCACUAGAUAAGUUGAGACAAGCCAACCUUUUUCUGCAUUACAUCCAAUAACUAGUUGCUCGUCAUCUCUCAUCAACCCAACAUUUUUAUUACUUAAGUCCACAUUGUGUUCAAACUCAAUACUAUCCAUAUUAAUUUCCUUCAUAUCACCGUAUGAAUAUUUCUCUAUGUUAGAAUGAGAAUAGUUACAGUUACUCUCAUCAUCAUGGGCGGAGAUAGGGGUGGUCAUUCUAGGCCUUGGCCCGCCCCAAAUUUUAAAAAUGACUUAAUUUUUAGUGUGAAAAAUUCUGUUUAAUUUUUUUUCCAAAAAUAUUCUUUGUGCCGGCCCAAUCUGGCCCAGUGCCCUGACUCCACCCGUGCUCAUCAUCAUCAUCAUCAUCAUCAUCAUCGUCAUCAUCAUCAUCAUCAUCUUUUUUUGAUGGAAAAUAACUAUAUCUAUGAAAUAAAAACCACCAAAUCAUAACUUAGGAAUCAUCUUUUUAUUCAUACUCCUAGAAAUUUUCUCAUAAAAACUUGGUUGAUAAGACUGAAAAUGAAGUUACCAAAUGGGCUCUAUUAUCAUGUGUUAGGUGUCAUCCAAAUAGCAGGUGGCACUAUAAACCUUGAAUUUGUCUUGUAAAGUGGCGACUCCAUGGUACCAUCCUCCGGGUUGAACACGCCCAUGUCAUUAUUUAUAGAUCUAUGAUCGGUGAAAUAGAUCCGGUUUGGCUUGUAGCCAUAAUCACCGGGGUUUGAGAGGGAAAAAGACUGAUUCCUACCCAAAAAAACUGCAUCGCCUUCAAAAUUACGCACUUGUAUCCAACCAACCGUAUCACUCAUCAGCUUAUGCACUUCAAAUCCGUUGCACCCAUAUGACUCUCCACGAAAAUGUUCAUCAAGAGCCUGAUGUAGAUCUUGGUUAUCAAUACCAAUACAAGCAUCAUCAUCUUUUCCUGCAGCAAACCUACAUCGCAUGAGUUGUUGCAUGACUCUAUAUAGUUCCCCCCUGCAUUCCACAAGAUACCAUUGAUGGGCAGAAAGUGUCUUUGGUGGCGGACCAUAAACACUAAUCAGUCCUGGUCGAGAAGCAGUAACGUCGCAAGAAAAUAUUUCCCCGCUUGCUGAGACAAUGUAGAACUGUCCCUUGAAAUAGAUUGCGUCCGUGUAAGAUUGUGGGGUAGUUGUCGGAUCAUGCUUACUCUGAGGCCGAACCAUGUAUCUCCAGACUUUGUCGGAUACAUUGCAAAAAGCAAAGUUCUUGUACCCAUAAAUAAUAAAGAUAAAGCAAUUUGGGGCUGUAGGAACUGUUGACAAGAUCGCUUUGCUGAUAUACAUAUCAAGCACAGCCAACUUGAUCUCCUUUUCAUAAAGACUAAGCAUGCAGAGCUGAAGACCACUCAAUCUGUAGUACUUACACAUUAACAGGUCUAUGGAAGUGCACGAAAAAGGAUUCCAUAUGUAGAUCUUCACGUAUUUGGAUAUCAUGACAAGCCAUCCCUGGUAAGAUCCAAGACAGAUGUCUCUGGGGGGAAUUCUGAUUUGAGGCAAAAAGCCUUCUAUUUCAGCAAUGUCCUUUCCGAUCUGAAAUGCUAGAAGAAGCCGUCUGUGUUGGUCGGGGAUUGAUGAGCAGCUAGUGUUUUUGUCGGGAACAAUCAGACAAGGAGCACCCUUUGGGACGAAGAUGCUGAGAAACAAUAGUGCUGCCCUUCUCCAAGAUCUACAAACGCACCCAAAGCUGCAAUGAUCUUUCCCGAUAACAAUCAAUUGUAGAAUUAUCACUAGGAUAUCAUCGGGGAGUGCAGCCCAGUCUCCCAUGCUGUCAACCGUCGAUCCUGAAGUCUAAGCUUUGGAGAGCUAGUGAUUGUAGAUUUCUAGAUUUGUAGACCGACUUGAUUCACUGAAAGGGCUGAUUUUUUUAAUGUAAAAGCACUUGGGUCCGGACUCCUGAAACUGUAAUUCUGUGAAACAAGAGUGGCCAACUUGCUGUAGCUAAUUAGCUAUCCUCUGCGGCCCUCGCUUCUCAAUUCUCAGAUAGUGAGCUUCUACUGUUCUGCAAUAGCAAGUUGCCGCCUUGCAGCCUGCAAGCCAGCCAAUCAGCCACCACCAAGGUCGGAAGUUAGAACUCAGAAGACGCCGUCUAAAGAGUCUUUUUAACGUUUCCGUAGCCGCCUAAAUCGUAGGUCUGCAUAGUCUCCUCGAAAAUUGCUUCGAAUCGAUGAAAUUUCGAUACACUCGGAUAUGAAGAGCCAAAAAAAUUUGCAGAUGAAGAGCGCUUGCGACGUCCAAUACGCGAUACACUCGGAUGAGGGGCGCCUGCGCCUGCAAUCUCAUUCUACAAGUGCACGCAUUAGGGCUAC